GGAGCCCUGACGUCAUCCAAACCCCCCGCUGAGUUGUAGGCUUGAAGCGGAGAGUGUGAGUGGAAGAAGAUCUGUAGCCCGAAGGCAACUUUCGAGGUCAACGUCGCGAAAAUUAAUUUCUUUACAGUUUAAAAAUGGCUCAAAUAACUAGCGAAGGGACCGAACAAGAUUCCCAGUCCACGUCAGAUCAAAACGGAACCAGGGAAACGGCAGAAACCGGCAAAGAGGGACAGGCCGCGCCGGACCCCAAACAGGAACCGGGCGACAACAACGAGCACAGUGCAGAAAUGGACGUGAACGGCGGCCGUGGUGCGGCGGCGGAAGAGGACGCGGACACGCUGUCUCGUUUUCCUAACGACGGCGAAGAAAGAGCGGUGGCGAGCGAGAAGAACGGCACCCGCGGAGGGGUUCACGGCGGUAAACUCUCUGAACCGGAGAAAAGUCCCGCACAGGGCAGUUUGUCGAGCAGCACGGAUUCCCCAGAACAAAGAGAGGGAGAGAACGUGUUCUCCUCGGCGCCCGCCGACCACGAGAAGACUGCGGAGAAAGCCGACCACGGCACCAAAACAUCCGCCGGCGCAGAGCUGAGCCAGUCCGACGCGGAGCCGCUCAGCCGGAUGGAUUCCGAGGACAGUAUCGGCAGCACUCUGAUGGACAUGGAGAGCACGGCGUCCAGCGGGCGCUCCACCCCGGCCAUGCUCAAUGGUCACAGUGCGGUGGGGGGGAGUGGCUCUGCAGCAGGGGGGGGCAAGUCUCUGAGCUACACGUGCUGCUGGGAUCACUGCCAGCUGCUGUUUCCCAGCAGCCCCGACCUGGCCGAACACAUCCGAGGCACACAUGUGGACGGGCAGAGAGGAGGGGUGUUUGUGUGUCUGUGGAAGGGCUGCAAAGUGUACAACACACCGUCCACCAGUCAGAGCUGGCUGCAGAGACACAUGCUGACGCACAGCGGAGACAAGCCAUUCAAGUGUGUGGUGGGAGGCUGCAACGCCACAUUUGCCUCCCAGGGUGGACUGGCCCGUCACGUCCCUACUCAUUUCAGCUCCCAGAGUUCCUCCAAAAUGUCUAAUCAGGGCAAAGUGAAGGAGGAGUCCCCAUCUAAGGCCAGCCUGAACAAGAGGAGGAAACUCAAGAACAAACACAGGCGCUCCCUCCCCCGACCACAUGACUUCUUUGAUGCUCAGACCAUGGACGCUAUCCGGCAUCGAGCCAUCUGCCUCAACCUGGCGACACACAUUGAGAGCCUUGGCAACGGACACAGUGUGGUCUUCCACAGCACGGUAAUAGCCAGGAGGAAAGAGGACUCUGGGAAAGUGAAGGUCUUGUUGCACUGGUCACCUGAAGACAUACUGCCGGACGUGUGGGUGAAUGAGAGCGACAGACUGCAGCAGAAGACCCAGGUGGUUCAUCUGUCCAAACUACCCACAGACACAGCCGUGCUACUGGACCCCAACAUCUAUAGGAUGUUCUUCUAAUCGCCUCCAGAGGACAUCUGUUACUUCCUGCUAAGCCAACCUCGAAGAGGCGAUUGUCUCCUUUCUUUGUCGUCUCAAUCUCUUCUUUGUCAUGGUCCUCCAGGGCCACCGGUGUUUUCUGCAUUAGGUGCAUGUAAAAGAUGUUGCUGGUUUUAGGUAACUCGACUGACAGAAAUGUAACUUUAGACAGUUAGGUACUUGUAGAGUCAAAGACAGCUCUUUGUAAAUACUUGAGAUUUGUAAUAUAUUUUUAUACUUUUCAUUUUUUACUGUACUGUAGAUAGAUUUUUCUUUUUCUGCCAAACAUUUAAAUGUUUUAAAAACUGAUAUUGUUUAUGUGCAUAUAGCUGGCAUUGCUUGGUUUGAUGUUAUUAAACGUUUCUUCCAACAUCCACUCAGUCUGAUUUCUUUACCUGACUGCUGUUCUGAUUGCAAAUCAGCAAUACUGACAUUGUAAGAAGACUUUUCUAAAUUUAACAUGGCAUUGAUACAUUGCCAUGUAUCUGCAUACAACAUUCUUCCAUAAAGAACUUGUUGUGGUUAUGACCGACUAAUGUAAAACCUAAAGAUUUUUGCUAUUUACAAUGUACAGUGUUUGAGGCUACGCUGUCAACCCGGCCUAACAAAAUUAAAAUGUGAAGACAGGGAUGAAGACAAUAUAUACAACUAAAAAAAAGUUUGCAUGAAAUUGGCAGUGAUAUUGGUACGAGGGAAAAGUGUGGCUUUGGUUGCCAUGGUGAUUAGUGCACCUAUGUCAGUCAGUCUAGUCGCAUAUAGUGAGUAGACAGUUUUUUUUCUCACAAA